UCCUCGAGUGCAACUAUAAAUUCGACAAUCAUACGAGGAUCUGUUUCGUAGGAGAGGAGCGGCGCCGGGCUUGAGCAAGCCGACCGGCCGGCGGCGAGCGGGCCAUGGCGAACGGCAGGGCUCUGGUCGCGGCCAUCAUCUUUCUUCUCUUCUUGUGCUUCGUUCGGGCCCGGUGCGAUGUGGCCUCCGCUUCUCCGUCGUCGCCGGAGCAGGGACAAGAACUUCAGAUGCUUAGAUCCAAAGUUGCGUCAUUAGAGGAUGAGAUCAAUGCGAGGAAGGAGGAGACCUUGCAUCUGGAGAAUGUUGUCAGGGAGAAGUCGGCACAGAUUGCAGCAUUGGUCAGCGAGCUGGAAGUUCUGCAGGUGCCUAAUGUCAUCGAUGAUGAAUCCGUGCUUAAGGCAAACGCUCACAAUGAGAUGCUUGAGAAACAGAUUGUGAGGCUGGGUAGAGAUUUAGAAGACCAAGUUAAGAAAGGGGAAUCAUUAGAAGCCCAUGCCAGUGAAGCGAAGAAAAGUUUGAUUGAACUUACUGGGAAGUUGGACAGUGCUGAAAAGGUAAAUCUGGAGCAGAAGCAGAAAAUUGAGGAGCUUAACCAUAGUCUUCAGCAAGCUAAGGAUAGACUUGUUGAAAUGGAGAGAGAAGCAAAGUUGAAGGGCGAAGAGUUGACAAAGGUUCAUGGCAUGUGGCUUCCACAUUGGGUUAUGGAGUUAUCUGACAAAUGGCAGCUCCGCGGGAAGUCUGUGCUUGAUGUUCUGUUGCUGAAGGUUUCUGAGAACCUUGCACAUGUUCACAGAUUAGUGCAGCCGCACAUGAAAACAGCACAGAAUAAACUGGUUCCUACUGCCAAAGCACAUCUCAACUCUCUGAAAAACAGCGCCGAUGCAUAUGCAUCGGCAAUAGCUACCAGGAGCACCAAACUCUACAAAGUUUGCAGAGACACCAUCCAUCCUUCGAUGGCCAAGGUACAGGACUUUGCAGAUCACUAUUGGCAGGAAUCCAAGAAGCUGUCCACGCCAUACAUCACCCAGAUUGUUGCAGCAUCUGAACCGCAUAUUACGAGAGCAGGUGCCGUCCUGGAACCUUACACGAGGCCUGCCGUAUCUGCUUGGAGAAGGGUUUUUAUGUCAGCGAGUCUAAGCCAUCGUCAGGUUCAGAAAGGAAUUAAGCACUUCGUCAACGAUAACGGGUUACUGAAACCUGAUUCAGCUGAUAAACUGGCAUGGUUCACGGCAUCGGCUUUGGUUGCGCUACCGAUGUUCUACACCUACAAGAUGCUCUCUGCUGCUAUGUGGAGGAGAGCUGUGGCGGCACAGGGCGGCGGCAGCAGCGGCAGCACGAAAGCGUCCUCCAACCGCAGGCGCACGCGGAGAGCAGACAGCUAGGAGGGUUAAUUAUUAUUAUUAUUGUUAGUGCGGCUCACAAGUUCAGGCACCAGCGACCGUGCAUUUUGUGAAAUCAUAUUAUGGAAACUAGAUAUGCGGGCUAAAACGCACGUAUGAUUCCUGUAUAUAUAUUAUGUACAUGUUGGACAUACUGUUAAAGUAUUGAUAUGUUUUCACAGUUUGACACGAUAUGUACGUGGAUCUGGACUUUGAUCUGUCCUCCAUCCUAAAAACU